CGCGGAGAUUAAAAUAGAAACUUCCUUCUUCAUCGCGUCGCGGAUCUAUCGGUGCAGUCCAAAACAGGGAUCUCCAAAUUAGGAGAUAAAGUUACAUAUGAACCUUUCCAAGGCUUUGAAGUCAUUCUUUGUGUGGGAGAGACGCCUGAAUCAUGAGCUACAAUGAAAAUACUUGCUGCACUAACAAGUUGCAAUAUGUGCAUACGAACCUGAUUGGGCUAUCAGUAGUAGAAAGGUGGCCACACCCGCUCAAGUUCAAGAGUCUAGACUGUGGGCAGUGAGGAAUAGCCGGAAUGAGAAAUUUCGUUUCAAUCCUUUCUCUCAUCGCUACUUUUAUGGCGGUGGCCUCAGCAAACCGUAAUCACAUGCUUGCCUUAUCUACCCAACCGGAACUGAAGCUCUCCAGCUCCGCGCCGGACGGGAAUCUGAAUUACCAGCCGACCAUUGGAAUCCUCAGCCAUCCGGGAGACGGAGCGAAUGGGCGCCUCAGCAACGCUACCAAUGUUUCCUACAUCGCUGCCUCUUACGUCAAGUUCGUCGAGUCUGCUGGAGCUAGGGUUGUUCCUCUCAUUUAUAACGAGCCUCCCGAGAUUCUCGUCCAGAAACUCAAUCUAGUCAAUGGUGUACUGUUCACUGGAGGGUCUUCUAAGAAGGGGGCUUACUUUGAGGUUUUAAAGGGAAUUUUCCAGAAUGUCUUAGAGAAGAAUGUUGCAGGAGAUCAUUUCCCUCUUCUUGCUAUCUGCUUAGGUUUUGAACUUCUAACAAUGAUCAUCUCAAAGGACAACAACAUUCUUGAGCGGUUUAAUGCAUCUAACCAAGCAUCUAAACUACAAUUUGUGGAGAAUGCCAGUUUUGAAGGAACCCUCUUUCAGAGGUUCCCUCCUGAGUUGCUAAAAAAGUUGAGUGAGGAUAGCCUUACCAUGAACCAUCAUCGUUGGGGUAUUUCACCUGAAACAUUUCAAGCAAAUGCGGACUUGUGUAACUUUUUCAAGAUGUUGACAACAAGUGCUGAUAAAGACAGCAGGAUCUAUGUUUCUACAGUUCAAGCAAAGAGCUACCCUGUAACUGCUGUACAAUGGCAUCCAGAGAAAAAUGCAUUUGAGUGGGGCUUAUCUAAGAUUCCGCAUACAGAAGAUGCAGUUCGAGUGACCCAACAUGUUGCCAACUACUUUAUCAGUGAAGCAAGGAAGUCUUCAAACAGACCAGAUGCUCAAACAGUGCUUGACAAUCUAAUCUACAACUAUAGUCCCUCUUAUAGUGGGAAGGCUGGGAGAGGCUAUGAUGAGGUUUACAUCUUCACCCAGCAUUCUGGUUCAAGUCCUUUGUAGAUGCACAUACUGUGUAAUACGAAUUCAACUGUAUGAUACGGAGCACGCAAGCGAGAGCUCCCUUUUCAACUAAAGACCUGUACAGUUGUUAUGAAUUAAUGGCAGGAUUUGAAGAUAAAUCACCAUACCCCUGCGGAGGAAUGUAUGUAACAUAUCCUACCUUUCUAUAAAUCUCAGUCUGUGUUUUGAAAAUAUCUGCAAGAAGCAUGGCAAAAACAUUACUCCUUUCGUCCAACAAUCUCUGCCUGUGUUUUUGCCAUUUGUGUCUCAUUAUCUUUGUAUCAUUCCGUAUUUGUAUGGUUCAAAGCCAUUUCUACUUUACACGUACUUCAUACACUCAGUGUCCUAGAGUAUUUAUUG